AGGGCUGGCGAGACAAAAGGGAGGGACCCGGGCAGCCCCGCCCCCGAGCCCCGCCCCGAGCAGCCCGCGCGGGGUGUCAGGCUCGCUAGCCCGGUGGUCCCCCACCCCCCGACGCCAUGUACCCCACGAGCUCACCGGCCGGCCCGGCCCUGCACCCGGUCCCUCAUCGCGCUCGUCUUCCCCCGCCCCGGCGCCUUGCCGAGCCGCAGCGAUCGCCCGCUGCCGGCCAGGGUCCCACGGCGCGCCCGCCGCCCACCGCGCCCGGGCCGCGGCCCCGCGUGGCCGUAAAAAUGACUUUCCGCAAGGCCUACUCCAUCAAAGACAAGCUGCAGGCCAUCGAGCGCGUCAAGGGCGGUGAGCGGCAGGCCAGCGUGUGCCGCGACUUCGGCGUACCGGGCGGCACGCUGCGCGGCUGGCUCAAGGACGAGCCCAAGCUGCGCUGGUUUCUGGACCAGCUUGGUGGAGAGGUGGGCACGCAGCGCAAGAAGAUGCGUCUGGCCAACGAGGAGGAGAUCGACCGCGCCGUCUACUCGUGGUUCCUCACCUUGCGCCAGCACGGCGUGCCGCUGUCCGGUCCGGUCAUCCAAGCUCAGGCUGAGGCCUUUGCUCGCCAGAUCUAUGGCCCCGAGUGUACCUUCAAGGCUAGCCAUGGCUGGUUCUGGCGCUGGCAGAAGCGCCAUGGCAUCUCCAGCCAGCGCAUCUAUGGCGAGGCUGAACCCCCGGCCGCAGGCCCUGCGCCUGUCAAGGAGGAGCCUGCACAGCCACCCGGCGCAGUUCUACCUGACCGUGCGCUGGCCACUCUACCCCACUCCGAGGGCGGCUAUGGUGACGAGCAGAUCUACAAUGCCAACGUUACUGGUCUCUACUGGAGGUUACUUCCGGAGCAGGCCGCAACUCCGGGCACUGGGAACUCCAGCGGGCCUGGUGGGUGCAGCCGGCGCUGGCCCGGCGACCGAGUGACAGUACUGUUGGCCGCCAACCUGACGGGCAGCCACAAGUUAAAGCCACUAGUCAUCGGGCAGCUACCAGACCCACCUAGCUUGCGUCACCACAACCAGGACAAGUUCCCAGCUUCCUACCGCUACAGUCCGGAUGCCUGGCUCAGUCGUCCUCUUCUUCGGGGCUGGUUCUUUGAGGAAUUUGUCCCUGGCGUCAAGCGUUACCUGCGCCGAAGCUGCCUGCAACAGAAAGCUGUGUUGCUGGUGGCCCAUCCGCCCUGUCCAAGCUGGGCCACUAGGAUGCCGGCCCUGGAAGAGAGUGGGGAGACUCCCAGGCAGUGCCAGCCUGAGCUCCUUGGGUCCCCGGAGGAGUUGCAGACACCUGAUGGUGCCGUUCGAGUGCUCUUCUUGUCCAAGGGCAGCAGCCGGGCACACAUCCCUGCACCGCUGGAACAUGGUGUGGUGGCUGCCUUCAAACAUUUGUACAAACGAGAGCUGCUGAGGCUUGCUGUGUCUUGUGCCAGUGGCUCCCCACUGGACUUCAUGAGAAGCUUCAUGCUCAAGGACAUGCUAUACCUGGCUGGCCUCUCUUGGGACCUGGUCCAGGCAGGCAGCAUAGAGCGCUGCUGGCUGCUGGGUCUUCGGGCAGCCUUUGAGCCUGGGCAGCAGCCAUCCCACCAGGUCGAGGAGGCCGCUGAACACAGCAGGGUGCUCAGUGACCUCACACAUCUGGCAGCUCUGGCUUACCAGCGCCUGGCACCUGAAGAGGUGGCCCAGUGGCUGCACCUGGACGAUGAUGGAGGUCUCCCUGAGGGCUGCGGAGAGGAGGUGGUCCCCGCGGCCCCUCCAUCCCCAGCCAGCCUGCCGUCUAGCAUGGGGGCUGGAGAGGAGGAGGACGAGGCCACUGAGCAAGGAGGAAUGUUGGUACCUACGGCUGGGGAAGCUGUUUGGGGUCUAGAGACAGCCCUGAGGUGGCUGGAGAGCCAGGAUCCUAGAGAAGUGGGGCCCCUGAGGCUAGUGCAGCUACGUUCCCUCAUUACCAUGGCACGGAGGCUUGGAGGCCUUGCGCCCUCACCAGCAGCUUCUCAUGAUGGCGUGUGACUACUGUGGCCCACUGGUCUUUUUUCCUGCUGCACUGGGAGAGAGGGGGCAUACACAGUCUGCCAUCUUCCGCCUUUUCUCCCUGGUAUAUAGUCCACUGUAGAGGUCCAGGGGUGCCAGCCCAACACAGCUUGGAGGAGUUCUGUUGGUAAAGGAUGCCCUGCCCCGUGAUCCACGGCGUCUUGGGGAAAUAGCUUAAAGAAGCAAAUGCUCUUUGCCGGGUAGGCACAUGUGGGCCCAUAAGCACAAGCACCUACUGGGGAACAGUUGACUGGACCUCCAUUCUGGCCCCUAUGGGGCUCACCCCUACCCCCAUGUGCACUGGAUGAGGCUGCUGCUUCUGUUUCAUCUGCCUCCCUGGUGCUACCUGUUCUCAUCUCAGUGGGAAAGCACUUGGUUUUGUUUUAAAAACAAAAACACAUUAAACCUGUUUUAAAAGAU